AUGGAAGAAGAUAUCCGGAAAGAAAAUGUUCUUCCCAAUGCAUUUAUACCUCAUUACUCGACUAAAUGUCUCUUCACGACAUUGGAGCGUCUAAAUACGGAUACAUUGUAUCAACUUUGCGUCCGCUGGACCCAAUCAGUCAACACGCAACCUCAUGUUCCAGAGGAAUCAAUAUACACACAACAGGGCCUUGGGAAAAAGUUGGUGAAAGAAAUCAAGGAGCUUCGAAAAAAUCCACGGAGCCAAAAGAGUGAUAUCAUUCGGAAAAUAAUAUACGAGUAUUGGCCAAAUGGGUUAAAUAUACUACAACAUGCCCAAUUGGACUGUCAGUUGAUUCUAGAUGAGCCAGACCAAUCCAGUUGGCUAUUUUCAAGAAUCACCAAUGCACAAGGAAAUGCAUUCUGUCCUGAUGUCGAUCCUCAAUUGUUUGCACAAGAUAUGGCAUCAAAAUUAGCCGACCUUUACAUCACCCACGUUUACAUCUUGAAACAUCCAAGUCUAUCAAUGCAUAUUAUACGAGUUCAAGUGUUUGAUUUAAACCAUCAAGCGGGUGUUCUCGACUCAACUCAACCACAGUUUACAAGCCAUAAACCUUACUUUGUAUGUCUACCGAAUGAGAGUUCCUACAUUUUCCAUUCUGUGAAUAGUAAUGACAUAGCUUACGAUAUGAUUAUGCAAACGAUAGAACAAUGCCUACCUGAACAGGAACAAAACCAACUAUGUCUUCACACUCCAUCCGACCAGAAACAAAUUGCAUCGUUAGAGACUAUGUUCACACUAAAGGGUAAUUCGCGUGUGGCGAAUAGCUUGGGUAUAUGGACACCAUACGCCGAUGGAACAAUCGAUGUGCCUCCACUUGGUGCGUUAGAGAAGCAUUCAACUCUACAACAACAAGUCAACGAUGAGAAAGAUGAUGGUCUGAAUGCAAAGCUAAGAAAACUUGCAAACCUUCGAUUUCAGGGAAACGUUGAAGCACCAUUGAAAGAUGGCACAGAGUCCAAAAAUAAUAAUGGAUCAAAGAAACGAAAGUUUACAGCUAUUGAAGAUGAUGUAGACACGCAAGAAAAAAAAGUAAAACUCUCAUUUGCAUCACGUACACCCUUACAAUACAGUGAGUUCAUCAUUCAGGAAAACAUCAAACAAGACCAACCAGAAUCAAGAUCCAACAUCAAACUUAAAUUCUCUGGAUCUGACGUGUUUGGCGGGCUACAUGAACUUGCUGCAUCUACUAGGGACCCAAAUGGCAUGAUUCUAAAUCCCGCAGAAAUACCCAAUUGGUUAACAGGGGAGGAGGGUGCUACAUCUGGACAUAUAAGAGACGGAAAAUUUCAUUCUAACUAA